UUCCGCUAUAGUUCUUUUACAAUCGUGGGAAAUACGUAGUAAAAGAAAUUGUAUUUUUUUUAUUUAAAAAUAUAUUAUACAAAAUAAAUAUUUAUUCAUUCAUCAUGGCAAUUAAUAUAAGAGGACUUUUUAAACUGAAUAUUUUGCAAACAAAAAAUAUGUUUUUCAAAUCUAAUUUUUUAAAAGUUGGGGUCCGAUGUCUAUACACAGAACAAGAUUUAGGUAUAACUACGUAUGAAAAUUCGAGAUUCGUAUUUCAUAAUCAAUUUAUGACAAUAGAAAAUACUUUUCGUGAGAGAAUGAAGGAAAUUUGUGAAAAAGAUGAUGGAGUAAUAUUUACAGAAGAUUUAAAAGCAAUGAUUCAUUUAGCACAACCUAACGAACAAGAUAUGACUUUAUUAAAUGAUAUGUUAAAAAAAUAUUGUCAGAAACAUGAAGUAAAUAAGAUUGGUUCAUAUGUGUUUGGACCAGUAGUAAUGAGAAUGUAUUAUCAUCUGAAUCAACCACAAUAUGCUUUACAAGCAUUUGAGAAUGAUAUUUUAAAUAAUAAUUUUAAUUAUCGUUCAUCUUUUCGUAUCUUAAUGUGUUUGUUAUAUAAAAAUAAUAUGUUCGAAGAUAUGAAAGAGAUAUAUGACAAAGUAUUAAAUACUAAAGGUAUAGAGUUCAUUGGCAAUAAUAAUGUUUUAAUAUUUGCUGCAUGUCUAAAAGAGAAUACUCCAAAGGCAUUGGAAUAUGCUUUAGAUCAUUGGAAGAAACAAUUUGAUAUAAUAAAACCUUCAAGAAGAAGUUAUGCAUUAAUAUCAUAUUUAGCAAUAAAAAAUAAUGCAUCUGAAUUAGCAUUAGAUUUAUUAAGUUCAAUUCAAAGAGAGAAAAUUACGAGUGUAAGAAGUCUCAAAAUAUUGGCAUAUAUGAAUCUGCAAAGAUAUUUACAAAUAAUUCCUAUUUUAAAACAAAUAAUAGAAAAUAAUAUUCAGCAAAAAUAUUUAAUUUUUGCAGAUGUGAUAUAUGAAUUAGAAGAAAAAUUGAAAACUGAAAAUGUAGAAGAAUCCACUCAAUUAUUUGAGUUAAUAAAAGAAGCUAAAAGACUAGAUCUUAUUAAUACAACAGUAAAUUAUUUUAAAUAUAUUUCAAAAAUAUGA